AUGUUGGCACCGGGUUAUGUUCUUCCCAGUAGAAAAUCAGUAUCCAAUAGCCUUUUGCCUCAGUUAUAUGAAAGUACUGUUGAUAAUAUUAAAAAUAAAUUAAAAAAUGUAACAGCAGUUUGCUUGACAACUGACGCUUGGACUUCAAUUAAUAAUGAAUCUUACGUAGCUGUUACUGCACAUUAUAUCGAUGAUGAUACGAAGAUGUCAUCAAUUCUGAUUGAUUGUCAACAUUUCACAGCCAAACACACAGCUGUUGAAAUGUCUUCUCUCCUUAAAGAGCAGUGGAGGCAUUUUCCAUGUUUUGCUCAUAGCAUCAAUUUGAUAGUGCAAUCUGGGCUAGAGACAGUGAAAUUAAUAUUAAAUAAAGUAAAGGCCAUUGUCGAAUACUUCAAACGCAGUACUUACGCAUUGUCUCGUCUAAAUGAAAUUCAGACACAAGGUGGUUAUUCUGUUUUAAAGUUGAAGCAAGACUGUCCUACCAAGUGGAAUUCUACAUAUGACAUGGUUGAUAGAAUUUUGAAAAUAAAGGAUCCAGUGUUAUCCACAUUAGCCAUUAUUAAUAAUGAUCUAAAUACUAUCACAUUUGAUGAGUGGAAUGUAUUGAAAGUGCUAUGUCAAAUAUUAAAAAUAUUUUAUGAUGUAACUAAUGAAAUAAGCUCAGAAAAUUAUAUAUCUAUAUCUAAAGUAACAAUAUUUUCAAGGGCGAUGGUCAACUAUGUAUCAGGGUUCACUAAUAACAGUAUAAUGCCAACUGAAAUUUGUUCAGUGGCAAAAAUUCUUAAAGAUAAAUUGCAUUUAAGAUUUGACCAGCUUGAAAAUAAUGAAGUUGUGAUGCAAUCAAUAUUAUUAGAUCCACGCUUCAAAAAACAAGGAUUUCCAAAUGAUCAAAAAUACCAAUCGGCAUAUCAAUCUUUAUCAAGGAAAGUGCAAAUCGUAUCUAUCGGACAAGACGCUCAAGAACCAGAAGCAACAUUAGGUAUUGGUCCACUUUCUGGACCGGAGAUUAUUUGGAAGGAUUUUGAUACCAGAGUUAUUGCAGUAAGUGGUGGUUCGAAUGUGACAGUAGCUGGUAUAUUAGAAUUGGAUCGAUACAUUGCUGAACCUUUAUUAAAAAGAACGGAAGAUCCAUUAGUUUGGUGGAAUGAACGUAAGUUAAUUUAUCCAAAACUAUACCAAUUAGUUUGUCGUAGGUUAUGCAUUGUAGCCACAUCAGUUCCAUGCGAGCGCAUUUUCUCUAAGGCUGGCAUGGUGUUGACGGAGAGAUGGUCAAGACUCACGAUUGACAAAGUUGAAAAGUUGUUGUUCCUAAAUCAUAAUUUAGAUUAA